AAACAGUGAAUAACGUGCUCUCAUUCUAUCAAUAACUCGAACAAACUUGUUAUGGAAGAUUUUGUUGAACCGGGCGCUGUUCGAUAUGGAAAUUUCAUAAAUUAUUAUGAUUUCAAUUCGGCACCAGAGCGUCGUGAUUUAUUGCCACUGACUGAAGAGCUCUGGACAACAUCGUCGGAUGAAACACAAGAUCCAUUCUUGGUAUUAGACGUUGGCUGUAAUGCGGGGAAUUUUACACAGCUACUGUAUGAAUUUUUGGUGAUGAAGAAAUCGAGACGCAAAAUAAUUAUUUUGGGAGUUGACAUUGAUCAAGCUUUAAUUGGUCGGGCUAAUGACGCUAAUCAAUAUAAAGAAAACGUUUUCUAUUCAUCGUUCAAUGUUAUGGAAUACAAUAGUGAAGAGAAUUGCAUAGCAAAUCAUUUGAAAUCAUAUAAAAAGUGCCAGUUUGAUGUAGUUUGUUGCUUUUCAAUAACAAUGUGGAUUCACUUGAAUAACGGAGACGAUGGACUGGAGAGUUUUUUAACACUCAUGGCAAAAUUGAGCGAAAUUUUGGUCAUAGAACCCCAACCGUGGAAAUGUUAUCAGAACGCUGUUCGUCGAAUGAAAAGAGCCGGAGCUCAAGAUACAUUCCCUUUAUUUAAAACGCUGAAAAUACGAAACGAGGUCGAAGACAACAUAAAAAAUUAUUUAAAAUGUAAAGAGCAAUUGGAUAUCAUUUAUGAAAGUGAUCCCACCAAAUGGAAGAGAAAAAUUUGUUUUUAUCGAAAACGUGUUUAAAUUGUGUAUUUUCGAGCUGAAAG